UAGUAUUCAAUCAAGUAAGCGACGUGCAGGAAACUACUAGAAAAGUUAAGACUUCUUCCGCCAUGCAAAUGAGGAGUGGAAUAUUCUUAGCACUAUGUCUAUGGUUAUCUGUGAAUGAAAGCCAAGCCCUACUGGAGCACGAGACGGAGUCGAUCAAUAAGUGCAUUAAGAACUAUGGGGGACUAACUACGGAGAUUGCUGAACGACUGCAGAGGUUCAAGCAAUGGUCGGAUGGUUACGAAGAAAUCCCAUGCUUCACGCAGUGCUACUUGACUGAGAUGUUCGAUUUUUACAACAACCGGACUGGUUUCGAUGCAUCCGGAAUCGUGAAAGCGUUUGGAAGUCCUGUCUACGAUGCCUGCCGAAGGAAACUGGAGCUGCCAGCGAGUUCUAGCCAGAGCAGCUGUCAACAUGCCUACGAGGGAUUCCACUGCAUCACCAAUAUGGAAGAUCACCCGUUCACGUUGAUUGAAAACAUGGCGAGCCUCUCACAGUCAGCGAAGAAUGCGAUGAAGGACUGCCUGCAGGAUGUGCACCUCGACGAGUGGAAGAGCUUCGCUGCCUUCGCCCACUAUCCGGUUAGGGAACCGAUUCCCUGCUUCACUCGCUGCUUCAUCGACAAGCUGCACAUCUUCGAGGAAAAGACGCGUCUCUGGAAACUGGGGCUCAUGAGGGAACACCUGGGCGUUCCACCCAAAGCAGCUCGCAUUAGGACAUGCCACCAACAACGUGACAAGGACAGAUGUGCCACCUACUACAAGCAGUUCACUUGCUAUGCCAUCGCUGGCUAAGUGAAUCGCAACCUAUCCCAAAAACUAAAAACAAACUUUCAAAAAGGUUGAAU